GGUCCGUAUGACGCCGCAUCUCUUUGUUGGUCCAGCGGCAGCUGCGCUCAUGUUGUUGUAGCGACUCUCUCUCUCUCUGGAAAUAUUUUUUCUCUUUCGAAAUAUUUCGUCUCUUGUUUUCGUCGCGGUCCUGUACACAUCCUAGUAUCUAUAGCGUUUGGUAAUCAUACCUUGACACAAUAUCAAGUUAAAUCCGAGUAAUGGACUCAGACGAAGGGUACAAUUAUGAAUUCGACGAGGAGGAAGAGGAAUGCAGCGAAGACAGCGCCGAGGAGGAUCCCGAAGACGACACCCUGGAAGUGGAGUUGGACGAUCCGGUUGUGGCCGGUGGAGAACGAGAUGAAUGUGGGGAGACCGGAGGCAGUGGCCUGGGACCCGGUCAAGACGAAGAGGAUUAUCGGUUCGAGGUUUUGACCGCUGAACAGAUCCUUCAGCAUAUGGUCGAGUGUAUCCGGGAGGUCAAUGAUGUCAUCCAGAACCCUGCAACGAUAACAAGAAUACUUCUUAGUCACUUCAAUUGGGACAAAGAGAAACUGAUGGAAAGAUAUUUUGAUGGGAACCUUGACAAAUUGUUCUCGGAAUGCCAUGUCAUCAACCCCAGUAAGAAGUCGAGGACACGGCUGAUGAACACGAGGUCCUCUGCUCAGGAUCUUCCCUGUCAGAUCUGCUACCUGAACUACCCAAACUCGUACUUCACUGGCCUGGAGUGUGGACACAAGUUCUGCAUGCAGUGUUGGGGUGACUACUUGACUACCAAAAUCAUUGAGGAGGGGAUGGGACAGACGAUUUCCUGCCCUGCUCACAGCUGUGAUAUAUUGGUGGACGACAACACAGUCAUGAGACUGAUCACAGAGUCCAAGGUGAAGUUGAAGUACCAACACUUGAUUACCAAUAGUUUUGUAGAGUGCAAUCGACUGUUAAAAUGGUGCCCAGCGCCAGACUGUCAUCACGUAGUCAAAGUCCAGUACCCAGAUGCUAAGCCUGUGAGAUGCACAUGUGGCCGGCAGUUCUGCUUCAAUUGUGGCGAGAACUGGCAUGAUCCCGUCAAGUGUAAGUGGUUGAGGAAAUGGAUCAAGAAGUGUGACGAUGACAGCGAGACGUCUAACUGGAUCGCAGCCAAUACAAGGGAGUGCCCCAAAUGCCACGUGACCAUUGAGAAGGACGGCGGUUGCAACCACAUGGUGUGUCGGAACCAGAGCUGCAAGGCAGAGUUCUGCUGGGUCUGCCUGGGGCCCUGGGAACCACACGGCUCUGCCUGGUACAACUGCAACCGCUACAAUGAGGAUGAUGCCAAGGCAGCGAGGGACGCCCAAGAGGUAACACGGUCCAGGGCAGCCCUGCAGAGGUACCUGUUCUACUGCAACCGUUACAUGAACCACAUGCAGUCGCUGCGCUUCGAGCACAAGCUGUACGCCGGGGUCAAGGCCAAGAUGGAGGAGAUGCAGCAUCACAACAUGUCCUGGAUCGAGGUGCAGUUCCUGAAGAAGGCCGUGGACGUGCUGUGUCAGUGUCGCUCCACUCUCAUGUUCACCUACGUCUUCGCCUUCUACCUCAAGAAGAACAACCAGUCCAUCAUCUUUGAGAACAAUCAGGCUGACUUGGAGAACGCUACGGAGGUUCUGUCUGGAUAUCUAGAGCGGGACAUCUCCCAGGACUCUCUGCAGGACAUCAAACAGAAAGUACAGGACAAGUACAGAUACUGUGAGAGUCGACGUCGGGUGCUGCUGCAACAUGUGCAUGAGGGCUAUGAGAAGGACCUCUGGGAAUACAUAGAAGAUUAAGACUCUUUACUGAAAGAGAAACCUCUACAGACUAGAGCGUUGAUGCAAUGCCACGGGGGCAGGUUGUUGCUGAUCUUCCCAAUAUUGCAUUUUUUUUCCUCCUCCUCUUGGGUUUUGUUUAAUGGAAAAAGUUUAAAAUAAAUUAUAUCAAAAUAAUAAAAAAUAAAAAAAAGUAGAAUAUUUCAAACAUUAAUCGUACAACAGUAUUGUUUGUAGCAGAUUGGAUUGUGAGGACAAAAAAAAAAGAACUCCCCCCGCUUCUCUCAAUUGGUCACUAUAGUAACAUCAUCAUCACCCCCCCCCACUGUUCAGUUUCCCAGCAAUGUAUUUUAUCUGUUUACUUUUUAAAGUACCCUUGUGUGGGACAUGGGUUUGUGCUCAACACAGUCCAACUGUUCAAGCCAUGUUCAUUAAAUGUGGUUAGAUCACAUGUAGGGUUUUUUGAAUGUUGAUUUGCUGAUUGUAAAGGUGCUGAACCAUGUGGGUUGGCAGGGGGGAGACCAUAGGGAGUGCAGGAAAAAGGAAACAUGUUUUUCAGUUUGUAAAUAACGCAUAUGCAUGGAACAGCAAGUGUGGACGUUUUCUUUCAUUUGUCUUUUCUUUUGAAAAAUAUUUAUUCUUUUUUUUUCAAAUAUUCAAUAUAGUUGCUGUGUAGAAGACAAGUUCGCUCCUGCUUUAAAAGAACAUGUAUUCUUUGUGAGGGUUUGGAAGCUGUUGAACGAGUGAUGAAACUCUGACCGGGUUGUAGUAGCUUUUUGAAAGCAAUUCUGACAAAAACUAAAUCCACCUAAAAGGAUAGCAUUAGAUGAGAGAAUGAGACUAAAGAACAAACCAUCAUCAUCUUCUUCUUUUUAACAGCAAGCCAGACUGUAGUUCAGGUAAUACAUUGAUUUAUUCAUAGUUGGAAUUGACCUUGCAACCUUCAGAGGUUAUCAGCUAAUUGCACCUGAGGGUGUUUUGAGAAAUGAACAGAGAAUGACUUGGAAAGGACUCCGCUGUGUCCUAAGUGGCUCCAUAUUCUCUAUAUAGUACACUAUGGGCCCUGGUCAAUAGUAAAGCAUUAUAUAGGGAAUAGAGUGCCGUUUGGGAUGAAGGUAAUGUCCUGUUUGUUCUAACCCCUCCUCCUUCCCUCUUGUUUUUGUUCUUCCAUCACCACCCCUCCUCCUGUUUCUCCUUAGAAGUUGUCAUUUCCAGAUAGCACACUACCAACUGUUUCAUGAGAGCCAAAUUGAGUGACAUUCACUCAUUUAAAAAAAAAAUAAACAAAUGUAUUUCUUUUUUCAGACUUGA